AUGCUGGUGAAUAAUGUGUGUUGGCUACAUUGCGUUGCACAGAUGCUAUGCUUGCUGUGUGGACCCAGCUACCUCCAUCCACUCCACGGCAGCGGCAGCGUCCUAAUAACAGCCCAAAAACUACACCGUUUGGCGGGAACCCGCUGAGGAAGCGCCGCCUGGCGCAUGGACGGUCCAGCACAAUGGCAGAGGAUUUGGGGGUACCUCUGUUGUAUACCAACAACAGGUCGCAUGGAUAAUCCCUCCGCAACCCUCCCGUAUCGUCUCGUGUUUGGAAUGAUCAGAGCGUCGCUGUCGGCUUUGAUGUGACAGGAGAGCCGUGCGGGAGCGGGGCGUCUCGUCCCCUUGGCUGUCGACUGAGAGGAAAAAACGGCGUGGAGCAGGUGCGUUCAUGACGGUGGUUCGACCGCACGUGCACGUGGCACAGGGCUUGCACGAAUUUCGGCCGUCCCAGAUGUUGUUGGGUUCAUCGACAUUAAAGUUGUGUAAUCAGAUAAUUCCAGUCAAGCCUGUGUUAUCUCCGAGGUACGUGUGGUCGGCGAUGUGACAUUUGGCGUCAUCCCCUCUGACAUUAGAGGGGAUGAUGAUGAUUGUGUGUGUGUGUGUGUGGGUGGGUGUGUGCGUGUGUGGUCACAGACUUAUGCUCUUAACACGGUAGUCUAUUCAGGAAUAGACAGAACUGGCACGAAUAGCGGGGCCGUUCAGUGCAUUUCCUGCAGCACUUAAGAGGCUGUUUAUAUUGGGUCAGUCCAAAUGUAAUUUUUAUGGUUUAUAGGAAAGCCGGGGAGUUCAGAGGAUGUAUUAUGAGCAGCUGGAUGAUAAGGAUGGCUGAUGUCUUCAUUGCAUUCCCAUCAUUCUCUGCUACAGCCCACUAACAUAUGCCAUACUGUAUAUUCCAGGUUGAUGAGUCCUUUCUGUGUCGUGUUUGCAUGCUCUCCUCCUGUUUUCGUGGGUGUCCUUUGGGUGCUCUGGAUGACUCCCUCUCCAUGCACGUGUGGGACUCUCCUGCCAGAAGGCGCUGGCCUCAGACUGGGAGCAUGGUCCCCUGUCACAACCACUCCUCUUUAAUGGUGUAGUGUGGCUGGGGGGCUCAGCAGGAUGGAAAUAGAUGCCCGGUUUCGCUACUAUUUCCAGCACCCUUGGUCGCGCCUCAUCGUGGCCUACCUCGUCACCUUCUUUAACUUCCUCAUCUUCGCCGAGGACCCCAUCUCUCACAGUCAUACGGGGGCCCAUAUGAUUGUGGUGGGCAACUGCUUCUCCUUCCUGUUCAACAAGUACCCGGGCCUCGGCUGGAACAUCCUGAAAGUGAUAUGCUGGAUACUGGCCAUAAUCACUGGCAUGUUAGCCGGGAAAUUUAUAUUCCACCGCCGGCUCUUUGGUCGAUACCUGCGCCUGAAAAUGUUCCGCGAGGAUCAUGGCUCCUGGAUGACCAUGUUCUUCAGCGCCAUCCUCUUCCUCUUCAUCUUCUCACACAUCUACAACCUUUUCCUGCUGAUGGCUGGGAGCAUGGAGCCUCACAUGGUGACGGACUACAUGGGCAUCCGGAAUGAGAGCUUCAUGAAGAUUGCUGCGGUGGGGACGUGGAUGGGAGACUUUGUCACUGCCUGGAUGGUGACAGAUAUGAUGCUCCAGGAUCAGCACUACCCAGACUGGGGCAAAGCAGCCAGAAGGUUCUGGAAGCAAGGCAACAACAGGAUCUUUCUCUUCUGGACAGUGCUCUUCUCUCUGACGUCGGUAGUGGUUCUGGUCAUCAGUACUGACUGGAUCAGCUGGGACCACCUGAACCGAGGCUUCCUGCCCAGCGACGAGGUCUCCAGGGCCUUUCUGGCCUCCUUCGUCUUGGUCUUCGACCUUCUCAUUGUCAUGCAGGACUGGGAGUUCCCUCACUUCAUGGGUGACCUGGAUAUGAAUUUACCAGGAAUGUCAACAACGCAUGUCAAAGUCAAGCUUCCUGUCUGCAAGAGCAUCUUUAAAGAGGAGUACCACAUUCAUAUCACAGGCAAGUGGUUCAACUACGGGAUCAUCUUCCUUGUGCUGAUUUUGGACCUUAACAUGUGGAAGAACCAGAUCUUCUACCAGCCCUACGAGUACGGUCAGUAUGUCGGGCCCGGGGAGAAGAUCUUUACAGUGGAGGAGCCGGAAACGCUCAUCCUCUUCAACCGCAGCACUCUCACUUAUGAGUGGCGCUCCACCAACAUCAACCCGGACAGCAACCUAACCUACGUGGAGCGGGACAUGUUCCUUCACAGCCGCUACACCGGGGCCAGCCUCUACGUCAAGUCCCUGGCCUUCGUCCCGAGCCUGGCGGCGUUCGUCCUCUUCGGGUUCUUCGUUUGGUUGUUCGGGCGAUUUCAGGACAGCGAGACAUUCCCGGAAAACCAAGACAAGACGUACGAGAGGAUAAAGAGGAAGUCGCCGUCGGAGUACAGCAAGGAGAUGGGUGUGACGCCGGAGGAGGUGCACAUGACCAUGAGCGACAGUCUGAAACGAGCGGGAACGCCCAUGCUUCUCUCGGUGGACGGGCCGCACUUCGGAGCGACGCCCUCCACGCACUCGACUAUUUCCAUGGAGACCCAAGAGACGCACCCGAGCAUCGUGAUUGACAGCGCAGAGCAGGAGGAACCAGCCGUCUCCUUUGAUGUCCAUAAGCUCUCUCCGUGACCUCGUGAGCUCCUGAAACUUUGAACUACAUAACUGUGGGCAGGUUGAAAAGGAGAGCUCAAGAUCUUACAGCGUCGCUUUUCUUCGGAUAAAGACGAAGCUGCGAGAGAAGUUGACCGUAACUGUUGGUGAGAUUCAGGAGAGAGACAAAGUGAUGAUUGCAGUUGCAUUUGUUUGAAUAUAUUUUUGAAAAAAACCACUCUUUUUAAAAAGCCUCUAAAACGGCACCAAUUCUUAUAACAAACCUCUUUUAAAACAGAAUGCAAACUUUUAAUUGACACGGUGCUCACUCGGAUUUUGCAUUUUCAUAAUUCAAUUUUGUCACGGGAAACUAUUUGGUGCCUAUAUGAGAGGAGUAUUUCUACAGUCUUGACAAGUGGAUUUUAUUGUAUCACUGCUACACUAGUGCCUUGAUAUGUAAUAUCUUCAGAUACAGAUCGAAACAUUCAGUAUAUAAUACUAUAACCAACAAAAUGGAAGAUGUCCUAGUUCCAGUCUACUAUAGCAAUGUCUUAUAUUUGCUUUCAUGGCAUACAGACAAUUGUUACUUCAUUUGAUCCUAAGACUUUAUCAUUUUAAUUUAUUCUCGUGUGACGUCACUCUUACUCUCACUUCUUGUUGAAAUGACAUCAUUGUGCGUUGAUGACUUAUUCGUAGGCCAUCGCUUUGAUAUUAGUUGCAGAGAUAAUAAAUGCAAUCAGCUAAGAUCAAAUAGUUAACCAAUAAGCCACCUCAUCAUUGCUUAUGUGGCUGCUGCACCUGGACUGCAUACCAACAGAGUCAGAAAGGUGGUUUUUGCCCUUGGUAUAAACAUGCCAUUGAAGUGCAAAGGGAGGCUUCUGCUCCAAAGCUCAGGGCUUCUUUAUGUCUAGAUAAACCUUAAAAGUCUUAGAAAUAGUUUCGCAGUCCUGGUGAAUGCAUGAAAAAUUAUUUAUUUGAAGCAUUUUCCUCGUGUAAAAAAAAAAAAUCCCUGAUGUUUAAAUGCAACUGAAACCUGCAGCAUUUAUCUUUACACUGGCUUUGAAAGUGUUCACUGCCAAAGUCUCUUUAAAAUACAUAAACAGUAUUUGGAACUUUAGGUCCAAAACAGAAUGCUCUUUGUGAAGUUGCUGUGAAGUGCAAAAUACUAACUCAAUUAUUACUACUACUAUUAUUACUAACUAUACUGCUUUGUAAAAGUUCGGCACAUUUAAUGAAGUACUUUGCAUAGAAAUUGGACCAACGAUACCAAAUAUUACAGUUUUUUUGAAUAAGUAUUGCUGCAUAAGAUGUUAUGCAAAUUUAAAAGAGAUAUAUUCAUGAACGACAGAGUGGAAUGAUAUUAAGUGUUCUUGCAUCACUCUGCAUUAUAAUGGACUGUAAUGUACUAUAAUUUCCUGGAAAAUGAUUUCCCCCAAAAAGUAUCAAAAAUAAGCACAUCUUUUGCUCCAUAACAACCUAACUGUGAGUUUGUUCAACAUUGUUAUAAGUACAUGUAGCCGGGGGGGGGUGCCACCAGAAUAUUUACAGACUUCUGCAGUGUUCAAUUAUAAUCAAUGAAUACAUUUGACGAGAAGGCAAUUUCAAAUCAUUUCAUUCAAUUUGCUGGCAUCUAUAUAUUUAUAUACUAAAGUAAAAUGAUAGUGAUUAAAAGAUCAUCAACAUUUGCCAGUUAAUGUUUUUUUUAAUUCUGUCUUUAAAUUAUACAUUUAAUUAUGUAAUCACAAAAUGUAUUUUAAAAAAAAAUGUAUUUUUUUAUAUUCCAUUUACUCAUAUUCCGGUCUAUCAUAAUGUUUCUCACAAUCCGCCUGCUGCUUUAACAUUUCAAGUUUUCAUUUCAGAAUUGCAUUUGAAUUGAAUAUUUCUCUUUAGAGCUUAAAGAUGUGUGAACACGUCUUCAAGUUGAAUCCCAAGCUAGACAGAGCUCCGUCUGCUGCUGCUGCUGCUGCUGUGGGUUUGGAUUCUGUUUAAUUUUUAGGUGGUACUCUGCUCACAUGUUUUUGAGUAGUUUAUUAAUACACCAUUUAAAUGUUCCUCUAAUUCAUUUAUUAUUAAUAGAUAGUUUUUAUGCAUUCAUUUAUUACUUGAUUUUAUACAUACAAAGCUGUAAAACUUCAUAAUUAUUCUGGUGGUACACUCCGGACUCCCCGUGUGUGUAUGUGUAUGUGUGUGUGUGUGUGUGUGUGUGUGUGUGCGUGUGUACAUUGUGAAA